CUGUCCCUCCACUGUUUUGCUUCGGUUGUAGAGGUUCAUUCUCACGUAUUCCUCAGUUGUAAGCGAUAACGUCUUUGUAUUUGUGCGAACUUAAUGCCUGUAGUUUGUCGGCUAUGGGUACACCAUCAAAAACCAUCCACACGACGACGACGACAAGCGUUUGUUCCUUUACAGGCGAAUGAUGUCAGAAUGUAACUCGGAUGGCCAGUCAGGCUGGAUAGAUUCGGAUAGCCUACUUGCAGCAGCUGCAGCCGACCACUUUAAUUGGACAGAUGAACAGGUAUCAAAUUGUAGGUCGUUUGCUUAAUCAACAGCCAUAGGAUAUUCAUUCAGUCCCCUUGUAGCAGACCUGACUGCAGGUGUCUUCCUGUUGAGCUCACUUUUUUCCAAGUUAACGAUACUACCGGAUGUUGGUUUCUGUUGUUAAGUGACAGAAAUGGAGGCAGGAAUAUCGAAAGUAACGUUAGCCUAAUGUCAAGUUGUUUAGUUGUUGCCUAGCCCUAACGUUACUGUUGUGUAGCCUACUUGUAACGUUGGUUUAGCCAUAACCUUAGCCAUAACAUUGACUUAUUAUCCCAUUAUAGAAAUCAAACACUGGCAGAACAGUAUUUAACGUUAGAAGUCAAUGUGUGGAUGAAUUUUCAAAUACGCCAAGGGGUUAGAAGAGAUAAGGUUAGUCCAAUAGCAGAAAUAGCGCCCAAGUCGUAAUAAUUUGCCAAAAUGUGACGGUUUCUUUUUGAACUAACUUUACCACGUCAAGAAUUUGCAGCUUUUUGUUUGAUAAAAAUGCCUUGGUUGGAAGACGUGGCGAACGUCGCCUUGCGGGUGCCUAGUUUAUUUGCCCUGGACCUGCUGUUCAAAUGCGACAUUGAGAGUUUCACAGAGCACAUAAAGGCCAGAAAUGAAGAUAUGCUGUUCAAGUACAAAUAUGUCAUCUGGAACGUGUAUUAUGUCGGUCAGCUGUUAAGCUUGGUGAUGCUGCUGUUGCCACUGGGUCAUAUUGUUCAGCUGUAUCUGCACGUGCUUACGGCUAUGCUGCUCUAUGUGGGUCAUCAUAUCUGCAGGGACUAUAUACAAGGAGAGGUGCGCUACGGCCUGGACAGGCCGUUGUAUCUUGACUCUCAGGCCUUGAAUAGUUUUGUGUCAACUCUUACAAGUCAGGUGAUUGUGUGCACGCUGUGUGCGUUCCUUAUGCGGACCCGUCAGGUGUGGCUUUUCUCCGCCCACCUGCUCCCCCUGUUGGCCCGUGCCUGCUGCCUGCCCCUGGACACGGUCAACACCGUGGCCUCGGCCUCCAUGGUCAUUUCCGUUCUGCAGGUGAUCGCUUUCCUGCUGAGCAACAUGUUCGUGCCCUACAGGCUGGCGAGGGCUGCCUACAGAGAGAUACAGGUGGUGGGCUUAUACAGGUUGUUUGCUGUGUGUGUGUCGGUGUGGCAGAGCUUCUCUGUGCCUCUGCUCUUCUCUGUCUUCUGGUUUCUGUUGUUUGCUGCCCAACUCAGCAGUCCCACAUCCAGCCACCAGGGGAUGCUGCUGUACCUACUCAGCAGCGUGUCCGAGUGCUGCUCUACUCCGUAUUCUCUGCUGGGUCUGGCGUGUGUGGUGUCUUACGUAGCCCUGGGGCUCAUGAACCUGUGCAAGUUCUUCCUGGGAGGAUAUGCAGCCGUGCAGAACCACAACGUCAUGCACAGGGGGGUGACUGAGGGCGUGACUCUCCUGCUGUUGGCCCUGCAGACGGGCCUGUUGGACAUGGCGCCUGUGCAGAGGUCCUUCCUCCUGUCAAUCAUCCUCUUCAUCAUCCUCACGUCCACCCUGCAGAACAUGAUCGAGAUUACUGAGCCCAUCGUACUCGCGCUGGCUGCCAGCAGAAACAGAAGCGUAUGGAAACACUUGCGGGGGCUGAGCAUGUGUGUGUUCCUGCUGCUCUCGCCCAUGUUCAUGGCCUACAAACUCUCUCAGUUCUUCGUCAUGGACCUCUGGCUCCUCAUUCUGUUGUCCAGCUGCAUCCUGACUUCCCUACAGGUGACGGGCACGCUGCUCAUCUACGGCCUGUUCAUGCUGGAGGUGUGCCUGUCCACGGCCAUCGGCGGCCUGGACGAGGUGGUGUACUACGUCAACGGCGUGUGCCGCGCGCUGGAGUUCCUGCUGGCCGUGUGCGUGGUGCUGUACGGCGCCUGGGAGUGCGUGUUCGGCGAGUGGAGCUGGCUGGGCGCCUCGGUGCUCAUCGUGCACUCCUACUGCAGCGUGUGGCUGCGCGCGCGCGCCGGCUGGAACAACUUCCUGCUGCGCCGCGAGGCCGCCCGCAAGAUCAGCUCGCUGCCCAGCGCCACCCAGCAGCAGCUGAAGGACCACAACGAUGUGUGCGCCAUCUGCUACCAGGACAUGUCGUCAGCGGUGAUCACAUACUGUGGUCACUAUUUCCAUGGUAACUGCUUGAGGAAGUGGUUGUAUGUCCAGGAGACGUGCCCCAUGUGCCACUCGCCUGUCAAACAAGCUCCGCCCGACCAGACAGCUGCUGCAGGAGACACCCCGGAAAGCCCACGACAGGAGGCCCCGCCGGAUGACUCCUCAUCUGGAGAAGAAGAAGACGACGACAUAGAGGGAUUCUCUGAAGAAGAGCAGGAAGAAGGAGAAGAAGAAGAACAACAACAACAAACUCCGCCCGAUCAAACAGCUGCUGCAGGCGACGCCCCAGAAGAUGAAGACGACGUCGUAGAGGGUUUCUCUGAAGAAGUGCAGGAAGGAGAAGAAGAACAUCAACUACAACUACAAACUCCGCCCGAUCAGACAACUGCUGCAGGCGACGCCCCACAAAGCCCACGACAGGAAACCCUUCCUAAUGACUCCUCAUCUGGAGAAGAAGACGACCACUUGGAGGGAUUCUCUGAAAAAGGGCAGGAAGUAGAACAGCAACAAACACAACAAGAGGGAGGGAGAUGAAGUUCAAACUGCAAAAAAAAGGCUGUGAAGAACGAGGCCUGGGGUGUGGUGGGGACGCUGGAGCCAACACAGAAACUAGUGCAUCCUCUGCACUGCACAGCUGCACAGGAUCUGCCACAGAACUGCAACUGUGCCCUGAGACAGACACACACACACACACACACACAGAGAGAGAGUGGAGGAGGACUUGGUGUCUGCAUCUCCACCCUGUCAGGAGGACGGUAGUGCCUCAGUGUCCUAACAACGGCGCGCCACAUCAUCACCGUGCCGACCACUGACAUUAAUACAGGGUUUGGAAAGAUUAGUGGAUGGGACAAACACAGAAUCUACUAAUAAAGUAGACCUAACGAACAAAUGUUGACCAUGGAUGUGAGCAUACACAAUAACAGGAUACUAAAUAAAUGUUUGGAGCUGGCAAGUCUGUUGCAUAUGAAUAUGAAAUAUCAAAUAUGAAAAGCCCUACUUAGUCCUUUCCCUUUCCUCAUAGUGUGUUUCCUUCUGUGAACAUAUGACUGGAAACAAGUUACCUUGUUUGUAUGCUCUUGAUGGAGAUUAGGGAGAGGAAAAGCGAUCUGUACACCAUUUAGCUCCCAUUCAUAAUCUUUAACGUUUCGAGCUCUUGGCUCUUUCUCAGACUUACUAGUAAAUAAAUUCAUAAAACGAUUAUGAAUGGGAGAUACAGUACAUGGUGUGCGUGCGGAUCCCUUUUACCUCUUGUGAUCCUUUCAUACUGGAUCCUGCACCUGUCCAACUUUGGCCUGGGAUGUGUGUGACCCUGCCCUUCUACUUGAUGGAGGAUUGACUUCUGUGCCUCUCAUGCAGCGUUUAUACGUCCUCCCUCGCUCCUCGG